GCUAUCAGAUGUAACGAUAUUUUCAGUGUAACUUAUGUUUUUCAAUCUGUAGUUAUUAUACAUAUUUGUUGAAGAUACUAGCUGCGCGCAGCUACGACUAUUAGUCGUACCGACUAAACUCUAUGGAUGUAUCACGAAUUGACAAUGCAUUUUUUUAGAUUUGUCUUAAUACUAUUUCAUUGCAUUUUAGCAUAACGUAAUCUUCGGCACGCCAAUGACAAACUAAACUAUUUUCACAUAGCAUUUGCAUGUUUCUUAAAGUCACUUUAAUAGCUUUGUUGAGAUGUGAUUUCUCUUUUGUGACACAAUGUUUGAAAAAAUGUUACGUAUCCUGUAUAGUUACGUGUCUAAUGAUAAAGCACUAGAUAACUAUUAAGUGUAAAUUUGUGUGUGUGUGUGUAGAUUCAUAUCCGUUUGCAGGUAUUUCAGAAACUCUAUUUUUAUGUAUCAUUAAUUCGAUCCAUUUUUUAAUAUUUUUAAAUAACGGACGAGUAGACAUAGAUAAAUUCCAAUAAUCGACAUGAUUAAUCAUAUAUGUGCAGCAAAUAAGUAUUAAUACUUUUCUAUUAGAUAUUAGUAAAUUAUUGAUAUUAUAACGAUAUUUAUUUUACUGUCUUACAUUUGUUUCAAAACACAUUCGUUUUUUAUUUAUUUAUAUGCAUAUUUUAAUUUUUAUUACGUAUAAUGAUAAAAAUGCUAAUCCAUACCAGACGUAUGUCGUUACUACGGAUUGCAUGUCUCUCAUUUUUGCUGAUUGAGAAAAGUACAUGUGUCGAUAUAAGAGAAUUUCAUACAUUCUUACAUUCCCUAAUUAUCACAACGAUAGCUCGUGAUGUCAUGUACGUCAAUAACCGUAUUUAACUGUCACGUUAUACCUAUAUACCGUUACCGCUUCCAUCGAUACAGCUUAAAAGGUCUAUAGCGGAUCUCAGUACUGUUCAAGAUUUCAGACUAAUCGCAAGUCCAACGGGAUCCUUUUGCAUACUUUCUCAGCAUAUAUCCUCAGCAUAUAAGUUUAAAUUCAAAGUGAACGAUGGCUUCGAUAAAACCAGUAUCGUUCGAGGAGGAACUGAAGAAGAAUCCCGAAUUGAAAGAGGCAGAUAUACAAAUGUUGAGAGAAUGGUGCGAAAAGCAGCCUCACCUGCCCAAGAUAUCAGACAGCGAAUUAGCAUUGUUCUUGCAUAGCAAUUAUUAUCGACUGGAACCGACGAAAACUACUAUCGAUACUUUUUACACAGUUAGGUCUCACGUACCUGAAUUCUUCUGCAAUCGAGAUCCUGAAAACAACAAGGAACUGAAGAAAGCAAUCGAAACAGUAACAGACCAAUUUUUGGAAGGAACUACUAGGGAAGGCUAUAAAAUCAUUUAUGGAAAACUCCUAGACAACGAUCCAUCGCAUUUCGUUUACAAUGAUGCCAUGAAAUUGCUAAAUAUGGUAAUCGAUCUAUGGCUUUAUACCGAAGGCACUUGCAAUGGCCACAUAAUAUUAUUUGAUAUGAAAAACGUUACUUUCGGCCACGUCGGCCGUUUGAGUCCUAUGGCCCUAAAGAAAUUCCUCUAUUAUCUGCAAGAAGGGCUACCCGUCAGAUUGAGGGGCAUGCAUUUCAUGAAUGCUUCUCCGGUAAUAGAUGUCAUUUUAAAUAUGAUGAAACCAUUUAUGAAAAAGCAGUUGCUGGAUAUGUUUCACAUGCACACCACGAGUGAAACCUUGGAGAAAUUCGUACCGCUCGAAGUCCUUCCGAACGAAUCAGGCGGUCAAGCCGGUUCUCUACAGGAGUUACACAAUAAACAGGUGAAAAAAUUGGUCGAUAACGUUGCUUGGUUUCAAGAGGACGAAGCUAAUCAUCGUGUUAAUGAAUCGCUACGACCGGGCAAGGCGAAGACAGCAACGGAUUUGUUUGGCGUUGAAGGAAGCUUUAAGAAGCUCGAAAUUGAUUGAACAAAUAAUCAAUUUGCAACAUCGGUAUAUUGGUCUUAUUUUUAGAAUACGAUAACACCUGUUUUGAAAAUCUAUUUUAAUGUUUAUUAACACUAAAUAUUUAGUCAAACUUAAUGGCAUUAAAUAUAGCAACUGUACUAGUUGUUGAUUAAAUAAAAUUAAGUUUCAUUUAUCUAAUAGAUAGGUACAUAUAUUGCAAUUGUAUGUAUGAAUCGUCAACUUAAUUAUAUUAAUCUUAUUUCUUUACUUCACGUUUACUUGGCAAUCAGGUUUCUUAUUUGCGUCUUUUUAUAUGCAGUGAUUUCCUGCGAUAAUCAAAUUUCAUUAUUUAAUCCUAAUAAUUAACAACAGAUAUAUUGUGAAGAUAACAUUAUAUUACUAUAUUAUAUUUCAAUAAAGAUUAAAUUUAUAGAUUUAAAA